AGCGGGCAGGGCUGCGGGGAGCCCGGGCCGGGUCUCUGCUCUUCUCCCUCCCGGUGGCGAUGGUGGUCCUGCGGGCUGGGCUCUGCCCUGGUCUCUCUGAAGACAUGAUCCAGCUUCUCAGCGCCAAUGGCAUCAGGACAGUGGUGGACUUCGUGUCAUCAGACCUGGAGGAUGUUGCCCAAAAGUGUUCCCUGUCUUACAAGGCGCUGGUCGCAGUCAGACGUGUGCUCCUGGCCCAGUUCUCUGCCUUCCCUGCCAACGGAGCAGACCUCUACGAGGAGCUCAAGAGCUCCACUGCCAUCCUGCCCACUGGCAGCUCAAGCCUGGACCAGCUGCUGGACUCGGGGCUGUACACAGGGGAAGUGAUGGAGCUCAUGGGAGCACCAGGCACUGGGAAGACGCAGGUGUGCCUGGGCAUUGCAGCCAGUGUGUCCCUGGGGCUCAAGCAGCAUGUUUUGUUUCUCGACUCCACGGGGGGUUUCACUGCCUCCCGUCUCUACCAGAUGCUCCAAGCCCAGACAGAGGAUGAGGAAGAACAGCUGGAGGCCCUGCAGCGGGUCAGGGUAGAACGUGUGUUCAACAUCUACGAGGUGCUGCGUGCCUUGCAGGAGCUGCGGGAUCGCCUCUCCCAGCAGGUCGUGAGCUCCAUGGGACCUCUCAAGGUGGUGGUUCUGGACUCGGUGUCGGCUGUGAUUUACCCUCUGCUGGGUGGCAGGCAGUCAGAGGGUUUGGCCCUCAUGAUGCAGCUCUCCAGGGAGCUGAAGACCUUGGCCAGGGAGUUCAGCCUUGCUGUUGUGGUGACCAACCAGGUGACAAGGGACAGCAGCACUGCCCCACUGAAGCCAGCCCUGGGCCGCUCCUGGAGUUUCGUGCCCAGCACCCGGGUGCUGCUGGAGAGCAAAGAGGCCACGUGGGAGAAAUGCAGCACACGGCGUGCUGCUUCCCUGGCAAAGUCACCCCGGCAGCCAACAGGGAUCCAGGUGGAGCUGGACAUUGGAAAUGGUGACGUGCUGGACCCAAGCCUGGUGACACCCACACAGGGACUCUGAUGGCAUGGAAAAGCAAAUGUCACAAGGUUCAAGAGAGCUGCACAAAAGCAGGCAAACACCGAAGGUUUUACUGAGAGUCCUGCAGCCCUGGGAAAGAGCAAAAAGAAAAAUCUCUUGUUCUUCUGCCCCAUGGAAAAACUCAGAGUGGGGUUCCCUGGAGCCCUCUGUGCCUGCAGUGGCUGGGCUGUGAGGGCAGCAGGACAGCCAAGUUCUGCCCUCUGCUGCAGGAUUGUUGUUUGGGAUCAGCUGCCCUGUCCCUGCACAACCCCACAACUCCCCGUGCUGGUUUAGUUCCCUCAUGGCUCCCUACCCUCUCCUCCUGGAGUUCUGAUCAUCCUUGGGCCCACAGUGGGCUUGGUUCAGAAAUAAAAGAAAUAAAAAGCUGUUGCACAUUGCUGUGGCUGUUGAGAGCUGGAAUUCAAUUAGUGACAGCUGCUCUGAACUUAAUUAAAAUGUGGAGCAGGACUGGGGAGGGACAGGCUGCUGAUGAGCAGGGAUUUAAUGAGAUGCCUGAUCUUCCCUUCUCCCCAGAGUACCACCAGGCCCUGUGGGGACCUGCUGGUGUUUUUGGGGCACAGCUGGGCUGUGUAAAGGCUUGCUGAUAACUGAUGGAGGUUCUGAUCUGGAUCAGCUGAGGCAGAUGGGUCCUGCUGGCACCAGCUGGCCCUGCUGGAUGCUCAAGGACCUAUUCAGUUGCAUGUGGUGAUGUUUAAAAUAAUCUUCCCGUGCUCCAGUGCUUUCCAGCUGCUCUUGGCAACCUCCUGAGGAGAGAGGAGGCUUGGAUGUGGAGUUUCCUCUUGAUCCCUGAUGUCUCAGAUACCCUCAGUUUAAGAGACCUCCUUGGCAGGUGAGCUGAUGGAGAAUUUGGGGGCUAGGACUAAUUAGGGCAUGCUCAUUAAACUAAUGACACAGCAUCACAGCUGCUGGAGCCCUCUAAGGCUGUGCUUGGCAUAUUAAAUACAUACUUUUUACUGCAAA